AAAAGGCAUGCAGAGUACAAGGCGCCUUUGGGAAACUGUCAGGUUUCCUGAACAGCCUGAGGUAUUAAAUCCUUUCAAAGAUGGUGAAGAUGCACUAGACUCUUUGUCUGUGUUGUCCUCAGAAUCUGUGUACAGAGAAACUGUGUUUCUUGAAGAAGAUGAAAUUGAGACAGAGGAGGAGUGCACUUCCAGGAAAGAAGAAAAUUCUUCCUCAAGUGUAAGCCAUCUUUGCUCAGAGUUGGCCAGUUAUGUUGACAAGGAACUGAAGCUUGUUCAAGAUGAAUUACUAUCUUCAGAAGAAGUGCGUUCAAAACUAGAGCUUGAAAUGCAGACAGCCAUGUCAUCAGACUGCGAAGAAGAGUUGGAAAACUUAAAACAAGGCUGGAUUAUCUUAGAUAAUUUCCACUCCAAAGUGAUGAAAAGAAAAGAAGACCUUCUUGCCCUGGACAAAGGAGAAAACAUUGAUGGUUGUCUUAACUUACUGUGUUUGGACCUGAAACGUCUGUCAGAGGUGGAAGGGUGGAGGAAAACAGAUGAGCACAAAGUUCAAGAAAAAAGAGUUGCUAGACUCAUUGCUGCAAUUCGCCGGCUGAACCUGCAUGCAUAAAUAAAGACUGACUGAAAAUUCAUCUGCUAUUUUUGUAAAUUAGUUGCUCUUGUUUUUGGGUUCUUGUACUUAGUUAUGGCAGGAAUGUCCUAAAGACUUGCUGCUACUACUCUUUUUUGACAUUUUUAUUAAUGAGUUUAUUUAUAACAGUAUAUUGAUAUUAAUUUUGCUAAAAAUAACGUCGUGCUCUAUUCAGAACGAUAAGUCUUCUGAUCAAAACACAUCCUAUCUAAAUUGUAAAUAAUCUUUUGUAAAUAGGUCACGAUUUAUUGUGCAAACAGAUUCUCAUCCUUACAGAUAUGAUUAUAAUUUGUAAGAAUAUUUCUUCAAGAUUACAGUUUUCAUGAAGCCACUGUGAAAGUAACAUACUACUACUACUACUAAUAAUAAUAAUUAUAAUCCUUUUCCUCAUAUAUUCUGAGAAGUGUGAGAUUUGAAAUGAUGUGACACGUCACGGCAGGUGUUUAACAGUCUUCUAGCUUUGUCUUGAUCCACACUGAUGUGCUGAUAGAAAAUCAUCUGCAAAUAAAACUGACACAAGCAUAUAUCACUACUGUGCAUAACUGGAGACGCUGAUGGUGGAGAAACACAGUCCAAGGAGGCUAGGACACAAUCAGUGUGGCUUCAAUUUAUUCUCCUCAGAACUUAAGCUGACAGAAAUUAUCAAUUGUAAUACUCCUGUAUGGACGUUUGUUUCGAAGUCAUUAUGCUCUGGUUUGAGAGUAUGAAGUAAAAAAAAGAAAACACCUUUCAAAACUUUUUGCCGAAAAAUCCUUGUAUCUGUUGGUUUCUUUUCUCAUCUUUGAACGCUGGUGUUGAGAUUUUUAUGUUGUGGCUUCAGACUAUGCAGUUUACUUUUAAGUUUUGAUGAAAAAAAAACCCGGUUAUUUAAGUGUUGAG